GCGCACGCUCCGAACCCGCUCCCAGGGUGCACCAUGUCCACCGGGUCCCUCAGCGAUGUCGACGACGAGCUCCUGGACGGCAUCCUGAAGUUCGGCUCCGCCGCCAAAGACUCCAACGAGAGCACCGAGGAGAGCUCCAACUGCGAGGGCGCCUCCGCGGCCGACGGGGAGCGCAGGGGCGCGCCGGCCAAGAAGAGGAGGAGCGCGGCGCGCAAAGCGGCGCCUAAAGGUGUGUCCGCAGCGCACGAGGGCAAGCAGGUGCAGAGGAACGCGGCCAACGCGCGGGAGAGAGCCAGGAUGCGCGUGCUGUCCAAAGCCUUCUCCCGGUUGAAGACCUCGUUGCCCUGGGUGCCUCCGGACACCAAACUGUCCAAACUGGACACUCUGCGCCUGGCGUCCAGCUACAUUGCGCAUCUCCGGCAGAUCCUGGCCAGCGACAAGUACGAAAACGGAUAUAUUCACCCCGUCAACCUGACGUGGCCUUUCAUGGUCGCAGGUAAGCCGGAAAACGAUCUGAAGGAGAUGUUGAGCACGACGAGGUUAUGUGGGACGACAGCUUCCUGAUGCAACCACACGGACGCCUUCGCCACUUUUUGUUUUUAUACAUAAGAACAAUGAAUUACCAAGUUGUUUUUUGAUUUUUUAAAAAGCUGUUUUCAGAAGGACACAGAUGCACGUCUCAUCUUUGCAGAUGUUGAAGCGGGAAUCCAGCAGAGGAGGUGGGAGGUGCUUCCCUUCUCCUUCAUUCCCAUUUUUAAAAAAAAUAUAGACUGAAUUUUAUUUAAAUGCAUUCUGUUGCUGAUGGUCUUUGCUGGUUCAAAGAUGGACUGCUUGCCUGCUUUUAACCCCC